GAAAAGUUAGUCCCAAUGGGAGAAUCGGAACAGACCAAAACUUUCUGUCCCGCACCCAGGAAAAGAGGAAUAGGGUCCAUUUUCAAGUUCAUAGCAUGUAUCCUGAUCACCGUUUGGUUUUAUCCAGCCUUGUUUGUGGGUGCCUGUUUCCACCAGUACUUUCGCGCUGUCCUGCCUCCGGGAAUUGACCAACCUCUAAAACUUCGCUGCUAUCACACUUCCUUCACGGCAGUUGUUGCUUUGGGAGUCGUUUUGGAGACCCUGGGGCUGUACACCAUAGUAGGCCUUUUAAGGAUGGCAACUAUGGGGCUUCCUACUCUGUGGGACUUCUCACUUCGGAUUCAGAACCUGAAAUUUGAUGGUGUGAAAGUGAGGGUUUAUCAGCCUAAAAUUCAAGCUGCCCAGAAAAGGAAAGGGCUCCUGUACUUCCAUGGAGGGGCUGGUACUUAUGGAUGCGUAGGUUCCUAUGAGAGAGUAUUACGCCAUUUUGCCAAAGAAACUGAUUCAGUGGUCAUGGCUGUCGGAUACAACCUGGGUCCAGAGAACCCAUACCCUAACCAAUAUACGGAAUGUUACAAGGCUACUGUCCAUUUCAUGAAGAAUGCUGAAGAUUUCGGUGUGGAUCCCAGCCGUAUAAUCAUCAGCGGGGACAGCUGUGGUGCCAAUUUUGCAACCCGCAUUUGUCAGUUGCUGGCGGAAAGGACAGAUCUCCCCAAGGUGCAUGCGCAGGUUUUGAUCUACCCGGCAUUACAGGGGGUAGACUUUUAUCUGCCUUCCUAUCAACAGAACAAAAGGGUGCCGAUCAUGUGGCGAGAAUUCGUGGCCUAUUUUGCCUGCCUUUAUCUCAGAAAGAGCACAUCCAUUAUCCCUGAUGUCUUGGAGAGUUGCCACGUUCCUGAAGACCUGAAACGAAAGUACAGUAAGUGGGUCAGUGCGGAUCUUAUUCCUGAUGAAUUCAAGACCCGAAGCUACAAACCCCAGGAUCCUGCCUUAUAUAAGUUCAAACCGCAGGUGUAUGAACAGAUGAAAGAAGUUUUGGAAGAAACGUUUUCGCCCAUGUUGGUGGAAGAUGCUGUCAUCCGCAAACUCCCCCAGACAUACAUGUUGAUCUGUGAAUUUGAUGUGGUUAGAGAUGAUGGACUCCUGUACAAGAAACGCUUAGAGGACAACGGGGUACCCGUAACGUUAUGCCACAUCAAAGGUGGUAUCCAUGGAGUCUUAUCCCUUUUUGGUUACGGAAUCUUCUCCUUUCCAUCUGCAGAACUCAUCGUAAGGGAUGUUACAAAGUUUAUCAAAAGUUUGUGAUGACCUGCAAGCAAAACAGAUAACUGCAUUCAGCUUUUUGUAAUGAUGAGCUCAUGGUUCAGCUCCAAAUAAGUUGGAAGAGAAAAUGAGGUGUGGUGUCUACAUAAUAGGGUGACAAGCAAAGAAAGCCUCGUUUUAUUUUUACAACAGCCCUGCAAGGUAGGUUAGUCUGAGAGAGUGACCGGUCCAAGGUU